GGUUAUUUGCAUAAAUCCGGAAGUUGAGUCAGUUAUUUGUUGCAGCCAGGCGUUCUGGUACUUGUAGUUCUUUUUUACACCCAUCUUAGAUCUACACUCCUAUCACAACAUGCCAGGUGAAACCACCACAGAGACAGUCCCAGCAAUGGAGCUGCAACAGUCCCAGGCAGAGACCGUGUUGAGAUUCGAUGGGAGUUGUAUCGACAAACCAGUUUCACUACUUGAGGUUACCAAGGAAAUGGCUGAUCCAAACCCCACUGUAGCUGCUGAAGCAGUUCAAGAUUACACUGAGAAGGUUCAGGACAAGCUGAAUGAAGAAGAGAUUGUAAGCCCUGUUAAAGAAGAACCAACAACCCAAGAACCAACAACCCAAGAACAACCUACUGCUGUGCCAGAGGAAGACCGAGGGACUGCUGAGGAAGAAGUGCCAAAGGUUGCUGUAGAAGAACAAGCUAGGCAAGUAGUGCCAGUUCCUGAAGCCACCACGGAAGAGCAAGAAACUGCUUCAGAAUAUCUGACACCACCUGAAGUGGUUGAAGCCCCUGAGGUUGUGAGCGUUGCAGUCCAACAAAACGAAAAGGCCAGUCAGAGCGAGGAACCCAAGGUGAAGGUCCAGACUAAUGAUGUUAAUGGUCAUUCCAGGUCAUUUGCUAUUCAUUCAGGGUCUGGCACAGAUUCUGACAGUGAUGACUCCGUACCAGACUUGGAGGAGCAGGACUCAACACAGACACAGCAGGCACAGCUUGCUGCAGCAGCUGAGAUCGACGAGGAGCCAGUCAGCAAAGCCAAACAAAGUAGAAGUGAAAAGAAAGCCAGAAAGGCCAUGUCCAAGCUGGGCCUCCGUCAGGUGAUGGGCGUAACCAGGGUUACCAUCAGGAAGUCCAAGAACAUCCUGUUUGUCAUCCCCAAACCAGACGUCUACAAGAGCUCUGCCUCCGACACAUACAUCGUUUUCGGAGAGGCUAAGAUUGAGGACCUGUCCCAACAAGCUCAACUGGCAGCAGCAGAGAAGUUCAAGGUCCAGGGAGAAGACAGAAUGUCUAGCAUCCAGGAGAACACACAGACACCCACAGUACAGGAGGAGAGUGAAGAGGAAGAGGUUGAUGAGACUGGCGUGGAGGUGAAGGACAUUGAGCUGGUGAUGUCACAAGCCAACGUAUCUCGAGUGAAGGCUAUACGAGCGCUCAAGAACAACAACAAUGACAUUGUUAAUGCCAUCAUGGAGCUGACCAUGUAGAUGCCCAAGAACCAUGAGGACCCGGGUCCAGUCCAUCAUUAAACACGAGUAGAUGUGGUCUAUUCAAUUAAUUCCAAGGAUAAAAAUAAAAGUUGUGUAUUAAAAGGGGAUGGAAUAUUUCUUCUUCUGGUUACUGUGUGUAUUUAUGUUUUCCCAUUUGUUGGUAAAUAAAAUGUUUUCCUCACAUUAUUUCUGUUUGUAAGAUUGUGCUUCACUAAUAAGCAGCGAUGUGUGUAGUACCAUUAUAGGCAAGGAAACACAAAAUAAAAAUGUAAUUGACGUUA